AUGCUUUCUGGCGCUCGUGUGCAGUGCCGCUCCGGACUCUGCCUGAUCUUUGCCUCUUCCGUCCUGGCCAAAGAGGCUUUGAGGCAUCAGUGCACGACGGAGUAUGGUGCUGCCUUCCGGGAUUUUCUUCGUGAGAGCGGGGCACACAUGCGAACCGACCUGGCCACAUCGCUGGAGGAGCACGGCUUGGUUCUAGAUGCAGCGGAAGCUCAACUGCUGCGAUGCCGAUCCCUCCGAGGUGGUGGCCGCUACUGGGACAUCGAGCUAAAGUUGCACGAGUACCUGUCAUCUGUCAGCUGGACCUGGACUUACGGGUCUGGAAAGGAGGGAGAGGCCCUCGGCCGACUGAUGCCUUUCGGCCUCUGCGCACCGCUGUCUUGCUCGGCUCAAGUCUUGCGGUCGGAAGUGGUACCUCAAUUUGUUGGACACCUGCUGGGCUUGAACACCACGACGAUCAGGCUGGGUGCACCAUCCGACGCGGUGCUCAAAACUCGCGAGCUUGUCCUUUGGCAGGAGCUUCCGCUGGACUUUGUGAUCGCGGGCAUCGACCGCUGUGGCACCAGUUCCCUGCACCACAAUCUGGGCCAGCACCCAGAGAUUGCCUUCUUGAAGCCCUUCGGGGAGGACUCUUUGCUUCUCUUUCAGCGGAGUCUUCCGAGCCGGGAGGAGCUGGAGGUCUGCCGCUCGCGGCGAGCUGAGCAUGCGGAGCAUGCGGAUGCACGAUGCUUGGCUGUGCAUGUCUCUGCAGCACUGGUGCCACAGGACUGUUGGGUUCACGCCAUUCUGGAAUCUUCACAAGACGGCACGGGCUUCGAAGCUCCUCGGCGUGACAGCAAAGGCUUCGGCUCCGUGUCAUUGGGAUCCUCGCUGAGGCCGCCUGGAGCGCUUCUUCUUGGCCUCUUGGCGGCCAAGAAGACUCGUCCUCCGCUUCGUCGCGUGGCGGAGGCACUGCCCACCAAAGCGCGCGCACAGCAGGUGUCACCGUCAUCGACGCCACCGCGCUGUUGGACCAGUGUGGCAGCGGCGUUGGAUGACCUACAUGGUGGAUUUCAGUCCGAGGAGCACCGGCAAAAGCUCCAGAGCAAUCCGAACGGCGCGCAGCAUCCGCUUCUAGAGCGCCAUCGUUUCGGCCCGUCCCUCCCAGGUAUUCGGAAGCUGUUCCGCGACAGAGUCUUGAUGAUUCAUCAGGACUCUCUUCGAAACAAUGCCAGGGAGACCUGGAAUCGCAUCGCAACCUUUUUGGGGGCAUCUCCCUUUCCUUCUCAGGCCCAAUUCCCGAGAAAGAAUGCACUCCCCGGCCACCGCACAGACCUGUGCCGGAAUGCCUCGGCAGUUCGGCGCCUCAAGCGGAUCCUGGAGCCUGAGUACCAAGAUCUGUGGACGACCGGCAGGCGAACCAUGCGGACGUACGAGGUCGCUAGUGCCUGA